AUGUCAAGUGUGGGUUGGAGUGAUGUAAAGUUUACUGCCAAUGAACUCUUCAGCAGUGGCAACUCUUUUCCUAGAAUGAUGGAUCAUUCUUCACCAUCUGGCAGUGAUGAAAGUUGGAAGAAGAAAGGGAAGAAAGAGAAGAAAGCCAAGAAGCAGGAUGCAGAAGAGAAGACCAACUACAGUCGAAAUAGGAAGAAGAGACACACUGAGAGUAAAAAAACAAUUCCUGUAGGGGAGAAGCCCCCUGAAGAUGGAAGGAAUAAAAGGAAAGCUGUUAAAAAAGAUCAAACUAAGAAGAGAAAAGAAAGUCUCUCAGAUGUGACAAGUAAACCUGAGAGCAAGAAGAGAAGACAAGAAGAGAAAGAAGAAACAACUAAAAGUAAAAAGAAAACCGGCUUAGAAGAGAUGAAAAUUCCUCAGAGCAGCAGAAGAAGGAAGGAGCAGGACAAGAGGAAAAGACCAAGGAGCCCAGAAGAUCCAUUGGAAGGUGGAAGUGGAAGUGCACCGAAGAAAUCCCAUGUGGAUGAGAAAAGAGCAGCCCCCCUGGACAUACAGAGGUACAAAUUCCACCAAGAGCUAGGAGAAGGCACGUUUGGACAGGUGAUGUUGGCAUCAUAUACACCGAAGAAACAACUUGUUGCAAUUAAGACGGUGCCCAAACAACCCAGCAAGGGCAACUAUACCUGCAUCAUGAAGGAGGCCCGACUCUUGAAGAUCGCCAGAGGAUGCCCCUUUCUAUGCCAUUCUCAUGCCACGUUCCAAUCCGAGCUGCAUGCCUUCUUCGUGCUCGAGUAUGCCGACGGGGGAACACUGCACAAAGUUAUUGCAGACCAAGGAAAUCUGUCAAUGAAAAACAUCCAAUUCUACACUGCAGAGAUGGUGAUAGCCCUACAGUUCCUUCACUCCAAUGGCAUCAUUCACCGUGAUCUGAAGCCUGAAAACAUCUUGGUGGAUAACAACGGGCACAUCAAGAUCUGUGACUUCGGCCUCGCUGUUGAAGGAAUGUUCGGCGGAAAGAAAAUCAGCGGAUUGACAGGAACACCUGGAUACCGUGCGCCGGAGGUUUUGUCAUUGGGGAAGUACGAUGCUGGAGUGGACUGGUGGUCAUUCGGGGUCAUCAUGUACGAAAUGGCCACCGGCAGACAGCCAUUUGCCCCAUCACUGGUUUCUGCACAGGAGUUGUUUGAGAUUAAGGAGAGGAAGCUUGAAUACCCGCGUCACAUGAGCCAGGAAAUGCUGGACCUUCUGCCAAAGCUUCUGGAGAUGAACAAGAGCAAACGCUUAGGAGUAAAUGGCAACAUCAGGAAGCACUCAUUCUAUGCCAGAAUCAACUGGAGUGAGCUGGAAAACAGAAAAAUAAAGGCACCUUUCCAGCCCAAAAUUCCACCAGCAGAUAAAUUACCAGUCAUACAUCCAGGAUUCUGCGCUGAGACAUCUAAGAGAGCUAAUGUGGAAGGCUUCUCCGAUGUGGAUUCCAACUGGAAAUGGCAGGAGUAAAGUGUUUUCUGUGCUCAUGUGGACUAAUCUCAAACUGCCUGUAUAGCAAGUGAUGACAGCAACGUACCAUCCAUGGCCAAUUCCAUCAAUGAACAUCAGAUCUGCCGUCUACUGUCUACUGCAAGUGUACAAGUGUCUGUCUGUACAGCCAACUACACCAACACCACAUGGGAUCCUUGACAAAGGUAGAAAGAACUUGAGGCAUAGUGCACACAAUACAUCACAGGAGGCCCCACCAGAAGAAAGGAAUAGCUGCAGUCCGGACUUUCUAAAUGGACUUUCUCACAGACCCUUGGAUAAGGGUAAAAAUGUAUACUGAACAUACAGUGCACUUAUGGUAAUCCAGUGCACUGUUAAUUAACAACGUUCAGUAUACUUCAGUUUCUUUAUAUAAGGUAAGGUUUAGGGGUAAGUAUAGCAUUAAGUAAGUUUACUUCCUUUUCUAACUUCCAUGCCAUUGUUUUACUGUUUUCUUAUAGAUAGGAUGUUAUAUAGAAAUAGAAAUGUUAGGAUUCCUUCUCAUCUUUACUCCUGUCCCAUUCUUUUCUUUUACCAUUUUCAUUUCUCAUUUUCCUCUUUUCCUCUUUUUCAACUUUAAUAUACUGUAAGUUAAGGUAAAAAAAAGGGUGGGUGGGUGGGUGGUAUGUUAUAUUGGAAUAGGAAUGUUACAAUUGUUUCUUUCUCUUCUUUUAUGCUCUCCUGUCUUUUCCCUGUAGUUUGUAGCACAUACUGUACAUUAAAUGUAAAGUUUAUGGGUAAAAGUAUACAGGAUAUGGCAGUGGUUAUGUGGGAUAAGGGGUAUAUGUAUAUAAAUAUGGGUACUAUAAGGGUUAUAGUAAAGGGAUAUGGGAAUAGUGAUAUUGAAUAAGGUAUAUAUGUAUAUAAUUAUGGGAUAUAAUUAUGGGAUAUGGGUACUAAAAGGGUUAUAGUAAAGGGAUAUGGGAAUAGUGAUGUUGAAUAAGGUAUAUAUGUAUAGAAUUAUGGGAUAUAAUUAUGGGAUAUGGGUACUAAAAGGGUUACAGUAAAGCGAUAUGGUAAUAGUGAUGUUGAAUAAGGGAUAUAUGUAUAUAAUUAUGGGUUAUUGUUACUAUAAGGGUUAUAGUAAAGGGAUUUGGGAUUAGCUAUGUGGGAUAAGGAAUAUGCCAUAUCCUGAUAGAAAUUUGCAGCAAAUCAUAACAGUAAAUUAACUGCUGAAGAAACACCACUUUCAGCCUGUUUACACUGUGAUUUGCUGCAAUAAGUAUGAAAGGUAUGAAAUGGUGUGUGAAUGUAAAUAGGGAUCCCCAUUGCACCAAUGUUGAAGAUGAACAUAGCGCACCUUCUGAUUGGCUGCAAGUUUAAUUUAGUUCACCAUUAAAAUGUAGAAAAAUCUAAUGAGGCCGUCUGUAUGCUUGUGCCUCUUUGUCCCAAUAGGAGGGAGUAAUAUUGCAGCAGAUAGAGCUGCAGCUUGUAGGCCCCUUAUUAAAAAGAAAAAUAAGCCCAUUAGCGUUGUGAAUGUGAAAGUGUAAAGUUUUAGGAUCAAAGGAAUAAGAAUAGACUAGGCAGAGCUGUAGGUCCCUAAAUGCUGCCUAGCCACAACUCCCUCCUUCCCCUCCCCACCAUGAAUCAUAUAUAAGUCAAGAUAAAUAGGCCCAUAAUAAUCCUCAUCCCCCAUAACCAGGCCUUUUAGAUAAUAAAGGCUGCUGGUAUUAAUAGUCAGUAGAAAGUUGAUCCAGGGACUGGUCCGAUUGCCGUUUUGGAGUCAGGAAGGAAUUUUCCCCCCAUCUGAAGCAAAUUGGAGAUGGCUGAAGAUGGGGUUUUUUGCCUUCCUCUGGAUCAUCUAUAAUAAACCUGACGGACACGCUCACCCUCAAUUACUGUGUAACGGUGUCCUUAAUUCAUCGAUAGGGUCCAUCAAAUUCUUACUGAAUAGGGAAGUACUAGGGGAAUUAUAUAGUUAGCAAAGCAGUGGGGAGUGGAAUUCCAGUCUCACUGACCAUGGGAUUUGCCACAGGGACAGAGAAAAUAGUGAGUGAAUGAGUGAGAGCAUGUGGGUGUGCGGAAGUGUGUGUUAUUGUAGAUUAUUCAUUGGGGAACUUUUGUUCCUUGCAUCUCCCAGUCUGAUCUGAGGAGGAGGGGUCCCAUGACGGCUUAUAUCAGCCGGUAUCUGGCCAGAUAGGGAACUAUUGCAGCAAGUCAUCGGGUGAGCCAUUUGCUGCAAUAGGUGUGUGAAUGGA